GCCAUCUUGCCUGCCAGUCGCCGAGUGCGGAAGUGGAAACGGCACUGUGCGGGCUCAGGGGUUCCGCCUGUGGACGGCUUGCCAUAUCCUCCAGCCGACUCCCGACACAGCCUGCUGUCAGUCAAAUUUAACCGUUUGUAAACAACAGAGACUCUGGGAGAGAUGGCUGGACGAUUACCGGCGUGUGUUGUCGACUGCGGAACAGGUUACACCAAACUGGGAUAUGCAGGGAACACAGAGCCACAGUUCAUCGUUCCAUCGUGUAUCGCCAUCAAAGAGUCAGCCAAGGUUGGGGACCAGGCCCAGCGGAGGAUGAUGAAGGGGGUUGAUGACUUGGAUUUCUACAUUGGAGAUGAAGCAGUAGAUAAGCCGUCAUAUUCCACUAAGUGGCCAAUCCGUCAUGGGAUUGUGGAGGACUGGGACCUAAUGGAGCGCUUCAUGGAGCAGAUCAUCUUCAAGUACCUGAGAGCUGAGCCUGAGGACCACUACUUCCUCCUGACAGAGCCUCCUCUGAACACACCAGAAAACCGAGAGUACACAGCCGAGAUCAUGUUCGAAUCCUUCAAUGUACCAGGGCUGUACAUCGCUGUGCAGGCUGUGCUUGCUCUGGCAGCCUCCUGGACGUCCAGACAGGUGGGAGAGAGGACGCUGACAGGAACGGUCAUCGACAGUGGAGACGGUGUCACCCACGUCAUCCCUGUGGCUGAAGGUUAUGUCAUUGGCAGCUGUAUAAAGCACAUUCCUAUCGCAGGGCGAGACAUCACCUACUUCACACAGCAGCUUCUGAGGGAGAGGGAGGUGGGCAUCCCACCAGAGCAGUCCCUGGAGACGGCCAAGGCAGUCAAGGAGCGGUUCAGCUAUGUGUGCCCAGAUCUAGUCAAAGAAUUCAGCAAGUAUGACACUGACGGCUCAAAGUGGAUCAAGCAGUACACCGGCAUCAAUUCCAUCAGCAAGAAGGAGUUCACCAUCGAUGUGGGCUACGAGCGCUUCCUGGGGCCUGAGAUCUUCUUCCACCCAGAGUUUGCCAACCCUGACUUCACCCAGCCUAUCUCUGAAGUUGUGGACGAGGUCAUUCAGAACUGCCCCAUUGAUGUCAGGCGCCCUCUCUAUAAGAACGUUGUUCUGUCAGGAGGCUCCACCAUGUUCAGGGACUUUGGCCGGCGUUUGCAGAGAGACUUAAAGAGGACGGUUGAUGCCCGACUGAAGAUGAGCGAGGAGCUGAGCGGAGGCAAGCUCAAGCCCAAACCAAUCGAUGUCCAAGUUAUCACUCAUCAUAUGCAGAGAUAUGCAGUGUGGUUUGGUGGAUCAAUGUUAGCAUCAACUCCUGAGUUCUACCAGGUUUGCCACACCAAAAAGGACUACGAAGAGAUCGGGCCGAGCAUCUGUCGCCACAACCCUGUGUUUGGAGUCAUGUCUUAACUCUGGACCUCCGAAGUGGCGGGUGGGGGUGCUGAAGUUGGGCUGUGUAAAGGACAGGCUCAGGAGGUGGGGGACGGUGGUGCUUCUGUGCUUUUUAAUUACUUGUUUAGCUAUGGAUGUGUGGGACGAGAAGGCAAUCCAGAAUAUACAAAGGAAAAAAAAGAUGACCAAACACAGACCGGCUGGAAAAUUUAUUGUGAAUGUUCCUAUAUUUCUUUAUUAUCAUUAUUAUUUUUUUUUUUUCUCAAAAUGAGGGAAAAUGGUUUGUAAGCCAAAACUGUUUUAAGAACAUUGCUGGAUCUGUUGCAACACGCAGUGAGUGGUGAUGAUGAUUAUAAAAAUGGUGUUGGUGGAGGCCUAGCAUGAUUAUAAAAACAUUGAUAGUGAUUUACCUGACACCAGAACAUAUUUAUGUUUAUAAAACUUAAGUCCAGGCAAAGAUCCAAUGACUGCUGAGAUCAUGGUUUCCUUUUUAUUUUCUGCAUUUUUUUCCCAGCUUCAAAUGUACAUGUCUGUGUAUCACGGUAAGAGCUUGUUUAUAUUUCAUACUAAAGUUUUUUAUAUGUAAAACCUGGGAAAUCAGGGGUAAAAAAAGAAUAGAUACCAGGAUCAGCAACAGACUGUUUUAACUCACAACGCAGCUUUGAUAUGCAUUAUUUUCUUGAGUUUGAGUAGGUGUUCUUUCCCACAUGUGUCAUUGCUGUCUCCCCUUUAAUUCUUCAUACAGUACAUUUAUUUCACAUCUGCUUUCACUUCACACAAUGUCAGGGGUCCACCUCGGAUUCAGUUAAAGAGAAGAGAGGACUUACUGAGGUUAUAAAGAUGAAACUGAAUAAGAACGACUGUCAGACCAGUAUUGUUAGACUAAGUUUUUUAUUAUUAAAUGCCAAAUUAUUAAAAGAAUGGGAUUUGUGUAUUUAAUGCCUUACAACAUUCCAAUAAAGGCUACAUUUGUUUCUAAGUAA